AUGUCUUCUACUACAGUUUUGGUUUCUGGCGCCUCCGGCUUCAUCGCUUUGCACACCGUUCAAAAGCUCAUCAAGAAGGGCUACAACGUUGUUGGUUCAGUGAGAAGCGAAGAAAAGGGUGAAUACGUUAAGAAGGCUUCUGGCAACCCUGAAAAAUUCACUUACGAAAUCGUCAAGGAUAUCGCCCAGGAUGGCGCUUUCGAUGAGUUUGUGAAGAAACACCCUGAGGCUACUGUCUUCUUGCACACUGCUUCUCCUUUCCACUUCAAUGCUUCUGACAUUGAGAAGGACUUGCUCUUGCCUGCUAUCAACGGUACCAAGAGCGCUUUGCAGUCGGUGAAGGACAAUGGUCCUAACAUCAAGAGAGUCGUUGUGACUUCUUCUUAUGCUGCUGUUGCUUCUGCUACUAUGGACGUUCAGACAGACAAGGUUUGGGACGAGUCUACUUUUAACGACAUCACCUGGGACCAGGCCUUGAUGGACCCUGUUCUGGGAUACUACGGCUCCAAGACUUUUGCCGAGAAGGCUGCCUGGGAGUUUGUCAAGGAACACAACCCAAACUUUGUGCUUUCUACUGUCAACCCAGUCUACGUUUUCGGCCCACAGCCCACUGACGACUUCAACACUGAGAAGUUGAACACUUCUUCUGACAUCAUCAACGCCAGCUUGAAGAUCAAGAGUCCAGAAGAUAAGGCUUACCCUGUGAAUGGUCCUGCCGUGGACGUUCGUGAUGUGGCUGACGCUCACCUUGUUGCUUUCGAGAAGGACGAGGCCAAGAACCAGAGAUUGAUUUUGUUCGUUGAAAGAUUCACCCAGCAGACCAUCUUGGACGUUUUGCACUCCCAGUUCCCUGAGCAGACCAAGAACGUUCCAGUUGGUACGCCGGGCUCCACUGCCGAGGAAAUCAAGGUCAGAGCUACUAUCAACAACGAGAAGACCAGAAAGAUCUUGGGCUUUGAGUUGAUUUCUGCCGAGCAGUCUAUUGCUGACAGUGCCAGACAGAUUCUCCAGGUCGAGGGUAAGAUCUAA